GUAUCUUCAAGGGAAUGUGUGACAUACCGUCUUAGCACUUGCAGUUGAAAUUUGUCGUCUACAUCUUUCAAGCACCGCCGACGAUUGUACACCGGCUCUCCUGCUCUCAUUAUACUAACAGUCGUAUAGCUGAGAUCUUUUAUCCGUCCUGACGAUGACAACCGCAGACAUCUUCGAGCAGAUGCUAUGCAUACAAUUCAAGGACGAAUUCGAGAAACGCAGAAGCCUUGCGCAGUUAGCUCGUACGUGUAGGAGAUUCUCGCGAUACGCACUGCCAGCGCUGUGGAAACAUCUCCCAUCUCUGAGGCCGCUGCUAUCCCUCCUCGCGCCGCUGCGACCCACACGAAUUGAUGCCAAUGGGGACGAAACGCCGCGGUGGCAGCACUCCCUGGGCCAUGCUCCUUCUGAGCGCGACUUAGGCUACACUUGGGCGUUUGACGGACCGAUUGCACCGGAAGGCGAUUUACCGUUACGCUUCACCCAGUACGCCAGCUUUGUGCGCGUACUCAACAUCCACCGAUUCCCGCAAUUCAACCCCUCCGUGUUCACUCAUCUCGAGGAUGCGGGUUUACAUGGCCCGCUCCUUCCUGCCCUCACGAAUCUGGAUUGCGAACGCACUCCGCUCUCGGCAAUCGCUGCGAAGUGGGUCGUAGGGCCAUCGUUGCUCUCGUUCUCCAUCACGCCUCACAUCGAUCCGUUGAUGUACAUGCCGUUUCCACCCUCAGGAUAUCGACCACGAGAGAGUAUCACCGAUGGACCAAUGCUGGGGUUGGAUACGUUGGUCACCCGCCUCCAAUCGUCGUCACCGAAUAUCGAGACUCUGAGAGUGUUCGACAAUGUAUCCCACUGGGCUUUGCAUUCCAUCCUCGCUUUCACGAACCUCCGUAUCGUGGACAUCUCAGUCUGGCAUGACUGCGAUACCGAUGUCCUGCGGUCCCUCGCCACAUUACCGCAUCUACACACGCUUCGGCUCUCUGUGCGCGCCUUUGUCGGCGAGUCUACGCCUCUCCCAGGUGGCUUCGCGCAUCUGGAGUGUCUGGCCAUUUCUGGCAACCAAGAGGCCAUCGCUCGGGCGGCGGAGAUGAUCGUCCCUCCUGGAUUGUGCGCUCUGUGGAUUUCGGGAGUGUUUGAUUACAGAGAGGUCAUGCGCAGAACCCUCUAUCCUCUCUGCAAUCGCUACUCCAGCACACUCACGGAAGUCCACCUGGAGUGCACCAACUUAUACGGAUUCGACCUCAUGGAGAUAUUGGAUCCGCUUCUCCCGGUGUCCAACCUCCGCGUGUGCAUGCUGUCCACAGAAAUGGGGAUGGUUUCCUUCACGGACGCGGACUUGAUGGUACUGGCAGCGCGAUGGCCAGCGCUAUCCGUUUUCAGCAUCAUGUGCGGAAAGGGCCGAGCGCUGCCUACACUGCAAGGCAUCGCGGACUUUGCGGACGCUUGUCCUAAUCUUACGCAAAUCAGCCUGGAGCAGAUUGCGUGGCCGCUUAUCCCUGAAGCCGAAGAAGGAGAGCACGUCCAUCGCAAGAAUAAGCUGAAGCUCUUGACGCUCCGUCGAGGAGCCAAUGUCGGGAACAUUGUUAGGACGGACCCUCGCGCGGCGGCACUUGUCGUCGAUCGCCUGUUUCCUGCAUUGGAUGUCCAGUCGUCGAAGGCGAUGAUCGAACCCACUCGCCCAGUCACUUGGGCGAUGUUUUGGGAGAAGGUCUUGAACGUGACUGAAGAGGUGCAGAAGACUCGCCGGGUUAUUGAUAAUGCAUGA